AUGGACCCGGUCAGGUCGGCGGAACUUAGGGCGCAGCUUAAGGAGCUGAAGGCGGAGCUGAAGGAACUUAGGGCAGCCAAGGUCACCAACGGUGUCCCCUCCGAGCUCCGCGCUUUUCUCGCGGAGGUGGCGAAGAAGCAAAGGGCGGCGCUGCGGGAGGCGUACAACAACCGCGAACCAUUCAUCCUCCGUCUCAACUCCCGCCAUGCUCCCAACACCACCUUUUUCGCCGGAUUUGAGGAAAGUUUCGGCCGGCGCUCCCAUGAGAAACCCAACGCGCUGGGGGCGCCGGCGCUACCUUUUCACGUGCAAACCCCUCUCUCUCUCUCCUCUCUUUCCACCUACCCCACCCCGUCGCCCACCUUCCACCGCUGCCUCCUACUCCUCCUCUGCCCCGGCCUCCCACGCACGCCAUGGCGGCCCCGCCUCGCCUCCGCGUCCGCCCCCGCGCUCUCCCGCCUCUCCAAGCCCCCUGCAUCUCCAAGCCUCCGCCCCGCGUUCUCCAGCUCCGCCUCCCCCGCGGAUCAGCCGGCGGCGGCAGCGGGCGCCGCUGCAGCCGAGAAGGGCGAGGCCCGGGGCGCCACUGCAGCCUGGACCUCCUCCUCUACCCCGGUCUCCCGUCGCAGUCGGCCGCACAACCAGGCCGCGCAGGUGCAUGGCUCGCGCCGUCCUGAGCGCUACCAUGCGCGCGCUGUCGCACAUCGGCAUGACCCGCCUCGGCUGCCUCUUCUCCGUCGAGGUGGCGGCGGCGCAGGGCUUCCCGUCGUCCAUGGACGGGCUCCGCCUACUGCAGCGGCGGGGGCGCUGGCGAACUUCGAGCCCCGCCCGUUCCUGCUGUCCGUGGUCGCCGUGGACGCGCCGGAGCUGGACCUUGGCCAGAGCACGGUGGACUUGAGCGCCCUCGUGAAGGAGUCCACGGAGAAGAGCCAGCAAGGGGAGCGCGUCCGGCAGUGGCAGACGGCGUUCUUGCUCGCCGGCAAGGCCAAGGGCGGGGAGCUCGUCGUCACGCUCGCUUUCCAGAUCAUGGAGGACGGUGGCGGCGGGCUCUACAGCCAGCCGGCCACCAAGACUGCUGCCCCUCCUUGUCCCUCGCCUUGGCCGCCAGCCUGAGCUCCUGCAGCGCGGCGGGGAGCCUGGACCUCUUGCUCCUCUUCUUCUUCAUGGCGUCGCUCCGGCACAAUGAGGCGGCCUGGACCUCCUCCUCUGCCCCGGGGCCUCCUCGACAUCGUCACCGGCCCGGCUGCUUCC